GCAUCCUUUCAGCGUCUCUCACACGUGCGAGCUAGCAGGACGUUCAGUUCCGUUCAAGUGUAGUCAGUAUUUUCUGUCCUCAGUGAAGCUAGACUCUGCCGAGAGGACCUAAAACCAGCAGAUUAACAUGGCAAGUGACGACGUUAACCCAAAGGCCUUCCCACUUGCUGAUCCCCAACUUACUGUGACAAUUCUUGACCUCAUUCAACAAGCAUCCAACUACAAGCAGCUCAGAAAGGGAGCCAAUGAAGCCACCAAAUGCUUGAACCGUGGCAUUGCUGAGUUUAUCGUCAUGGCAGCUGAUACAGAACCACUAGAAAUAUUACUGCACCUGCCUCUUUUGUGUGAAGACAAGAACGUACCAUAUGUAUUUGUUCGUUCCAAGCAAGCUCUUGGUCGUGCAUGUGGAGUGUCCCGGCCUGUCAUUGCAACUGCUGUUACCAUCAACGAAGGCUCACAACUCAAGCCCCAGAUUCUGUCACUUCAGCAAUCCAUUGAAAAACUGCUGAUAUAACCCUCAGUACACACCCAGUUGUUCCUUAGUAAUAAAAUAUCACGAUCAACAUCA